AUGGAGCCCUGGUGGGGCAUCUUCCACCUCACGUUCCUGUGUUUUCUGAUGCACAUCCGAGGGCUGCACCCGGCGGGGCUGCGAUCUGAAGCACGUGGGGAGGGUCUUGGCUGCAGCCACUCCGGAGAGCAGAGUGCGUCGGCUGAACGGCAGCCUGGCCUGCGGGGCUGGAUCGUCGCCGAGCCGAGGUCCGGACCAUGGGGCUGCCAGUGGGUGCCCUCUGCCCUCAGCUCCUCUGCCCUCCCGUGCCUGGGCCGGUCCCAGGUCCCCAGCGACGUGUUCGCGGCAGGGCUGGUGCGGGGCAGCAGGGGGCACGGGGUGGUGCCUCCAGGCCCCCACCUGCAGGCCUGUCUGCACGUGGCAGCCGUCAGAGGUCAAGGUGACUUUGAUUUGGCCGAUGCUCUCAAUGACCCCGAGCCCACCAAGAAGCCGAGCUCAGAUAUCUACCCAAAGCCGAGGCCUCCCUACCAGCCACAGCCUGGAAAUCCCGACAACAGUGGAAAUAUCUAUCCAAGGCCAAAGCCACUGCCACGUCCCCAGCCUGGCAGCUCUGACAACAGUGGAGGAGGCGGUGGCAGCUACCCCCCCAGUCAUGACGGCCACGGAAGCACGCACGGUGGAGAUGGCUAUCCCUCGUACGGCAACCUACAAGGCAACAGGAUAGCAAAAAUCGUGUCUCCUGUCGUGUGCGGGGUGCUGGUGACCCUGGUGGGGGCAACGGCCAGCUAUUUCCAGUACAACAGGAGGAGGAAUUGUUGCAGGGCAAAUGAACCAGAAAACAUCUGAGGCCUUCAAAAUCCACCCUUUGCUUUGAGAAAAGCUCCACCCAGACAAGAACCGCCUUCAUCACUCCCGUGCAAAGUUCCUUUCCUUCUUGGCUUAAGCAGCUGCCCUGAAGGGUUUUCUCUCCUGUUUGCAAUAGACGUGCUACCUAACCAAGAACUCCUAAUUCCUCAGACACCUCGAUCGUGAUAAGGUAGACAGCUGGACCUUGGGUUGUAAAAAGAUUGCGUGAUCUGUUGGUUCCAUCGUGAAUCCGGACAGAGGUUCCAGCUCUGGAAUGAGCUCCGAAACUACCUCCUGGUGUGACCCCAGGCCAUCGACAUGGUCACGAAGCACAGGGGCAGCAGAAUGGCACCGGGGUCUUGGGCGGGAAUGCCAUCGACUUCUAAAAGAUAGAGACAGACUGCUGUUUGGGUUUCCAACAAGCUGGGGUAAGAAGCUUGACUGAUGCUGUAAGUUCCUUAGUUAUGUCAGGAAUCCAGACCCGUUCAUCACCGCCCGUGAAUCGGGAAUGAGUGAUUUCCGACACUAACGGCAUAAUUUGAACAUUAUUUCAGCUCACAAAAGUAUUGUCACCUGCAGAGGAUGAGGCUGGAUUUGGGAAAUUUAAGUGCAAAAUCGCUGAUGGAAACCGUCUCGGCGAAGUGAUCAUGGGGUGCUUUUUCCUGUGAAAUAGUACAGUUUCUACAUUUUUUUGGAGAACGUGGGGUAGAAAUAGAGAUUUGCAGAUGUUGAGGCUUUUCGUAUUAUUUUUGGUCUUUGAUCCUCUGUGGGAACCAGUUCUUAAGGCGAUGGCAGUGCUUUCCUUGAUUUAUACUUUUCUUUUUACUGGACUAGAUAAUCUUCUAUCCUCAAACAUCUAAAACGUAUACUAGCUGUUUGCUUCUAUUUUAGUAAUACUUUAGGGGAGAGGAAAAAGGAUGGUUUGGGCAGAUUAGUAUAGUUUGAUUCAACUGAGAUUAAUGCUGAUAGAAUUUUAGAGUUUAAAUAUUAGAACCAAAGAGGAAGCCAGUCACUAGAAUCUGGAUCUCAUAAAGAGGACACAUUAAAAUUCCAAAUAUGCAUGCUUUGUGCACACCCUUAAGGAUUGAGAGCUAGGUCUCCGAAGAGAAGUUGAAAGCAGAAAGCGUUUGAAAGAGCUUCCCCAAAAUGGAAAAGAACUUAAAACUAAAGAUCCUGAUUAGAUGUCUCAGAAUUGCAUGACUUCCGGCCUGGAUUUACAAAGAUUUGAGCCAUUUGAACACAGCUUGUAUUUCCUAUUUUAAUAUGAAUAUCCUAGGACUUUUCCCAAAUCUUGUUGAGCUUCCCCAUAAGUGAGGAUGCCCACUACUCAUUUCCCAUAUAUGAGUUUUAGUGGGGAGUUUAAUUUAACUCUUGUUAAAAAGUGUGUGUAUGUCUACACACAGAUUUACACACAG